UAGAUCUAGAACCAUUCACGUUAUCAUUGUGACAAACUCAAAUUAAAAACCUAGGCUAAAAGCCGUAAAGGUAGCAGUUUGAGUUGAAGUUGAGUGUGAAAUUCGUUCUUCAGGGGAUGGCUUCUUCUGGUGAUGGGUCAACACUGGUGGGCCUUGAUCUUUUGGAAACUGGCUGGUUUGGUCACCUUGAGGCAGUACCACAGGUUGAGUCAGAUCGCUGUCGAUUUCCACAACUGACUCUGCCUGUUGGCAUUCCACCAGUUCUGACAUCUAUCAGGAAGGAGGUUGAGAAAUAUGUCACAGACCUUGAAAGCCUGCCCAUUCAUCAUUUCUCCACAUGUCAAAGGCAGAUACCAAGGAGUCCUCGGCCUGAACGGUUACUGCAUUUAGAGACAUGUCCACCUGAGACAACUAUACAUGUGGAGAGGGACCCUACAACAGGGCAGUUGUUAGGUUUCACUGAGGAGUUAAUUCCUGACAGUAGUGAAACUUCUAGAAAUUCGCUUUCAUUACGGCGAGCCCCUGACUUAAAUAGUGCAAAGGUCAAACAAGAUGUCAGAGGCUCAAACAUUAACUUGCCAUUCUGGCCAGGGGGCCUUGAUGCAGACGAGGUGUUUAACAAAUUGGGUAACUCUGAAAAUAUUGCCAGUUCUAUCAAUUUUGACGAUGAAUCCCAGUUUUUAUCUACUCCACCUGGGUUCAGCUGUGGCAUGAAGUUUGACAGUCAGCCUGCUGUGAAACCAACAGCAGCCAAAGCACAAGGUGCCGCUGUACCAUCUGAUCCAAGUAUCAUUAGUUUGGCUGAUAUCAUGUCUGGAUCUGAUGAUAUUGAUCUAGGUGACAGUGACGAUGAAAGUGAAAGUAAAAAAGGGGAAGCAAAGAUUGACCAAGGAAAGCCUGAGACUUCAAACAUAGAAUUGACUAGAAGUGAAAGUUUUGAAAAUUUGGUUCAGCCUAGUGAUUCAAUACAGAAAGAGGAGACAACUACAGUUAAAAAAGUAGCAAAAGAGCAAUGGGCUAUACAAGUGGAUAUAUCAGCUCCAGUACAUGACUUCAAAAAGAAAAUUCCAGUAAUGGCUUAUGAGUUUCCUUUUGAGUUGGAUAUCUUCCAGAAGCAAGCCAUCUUGAGGCUAGAAAACCAUGAAAGUGUUUUUGUGGCUGCACACACUUCAGCAGGCAAAACUGUGGUCGCAGAAUAUGCCAUAGCUCUUUCUAUGAAACACAUGACAAGGACAGUCUACACAUCUCCGAUAAAAGCAUUGUCCAAUCAGAAAUUCCGAGACUUCAAGACAACAUUUCAGGACGUAGGCCUGGUGACAGGUGAUGUCCAGCUCAACCAGACAGCAUCUUGUCUCAUUAUGACCACUGAGAUUCUCAGGUCUAUGUUGUACAAUGGUUCAGACAUCAUCCGCGACUUGGAAUGGGUCAUCUUUGAUGAAGUCCACUACAUCAACGAUUCAGAGAGGGGGGUGGUGUGGGAGGAGGUGCUGAUUAUGCUCCCUGAUCACGUCAAUGUUAUUCUACUUAGUGCAACUGUACCCAACCAUAUGGAGUUUGCUGACUGGAUAGGUCGGAUAAAAAAAAAGAAAAUCUAUGUGGUCAGUACCUUAUACCGUCCAGUGCCAUUGGAACAUUACCUGUACACAGGUAACAGCAUCAAGACAUCGAAUGAGCUGUUCUUGCUGGUUGAUGCUAAAGGAAAUUUUCUAACCCCAGGGUACAACAAAGCAAUGGAAGCCAAGAAAGAAAGGGCCAGCAAAAGUUCUCAGAGUUUUGGGGCUAAAGGGUCACGGGGAGGAGCACCAGGCCAGGACAAAAACAUCUGGCUCUCUGUGAUAGAAAUGCUGAAGAAGAAAGACAAGCUUCCAGCAGUGGCUUUCACAUUUUCCAAGAAAAAGAUUGAAGAGACCACAGCCAACCUCCAGACCAUCGACCUGACCACAGCCACAGAGAAGAGCGAGGUCCAUGUUUUCUUCCACAGGUGCAUCAACAAGCUUAAGGGAGCAGAUAAAGAUUUGCCUCAGGUACAUCAACUUGAAGAUCUAUUGAAAAGGGGAUUGGGUAUCCAUCACAGUGGGGUGUUGCCCAUUCUAAAAGAAAUGGUUGAGAUGUUGUUUCAGAAAGGUUUGGUCAAGAUCCUGUUUGCCACAGAAACUUUUGCCAUGGGUGUAAACAUGCCAGCUAGGACUGUGGUGUUUGACUCCAUACGUAAGCAUGACGGCACAAAUUUCCGGAAUCUUCUACCUGGUGAGUACAUCCAGAUGGCGGGGAGAGCAGGGAGGAGAGGCCUGGACACCACAGGGACAGUCAUCUUGUUGUGUAAAGGGGAUGUCCCAGAGAUGUCUGAACUACACAAGAUGAUGCUGGGCAAACCAACGACCCUUGAGUCUCAGUUUAGACUGACGUACACCAUGAUAUUAAACUUGUUACGAGCCGAACAACUCCGCGUACAGGAUAUGAUCAAACGGAGCUUCUCCGAGUUUCACAGACAGAAGGACACAUCCAAGCACAAGGAGUCUCUGGAACAGCUGAAGAAGAAAAUCGCCACCAUUCACAACAUUGAGUGCUACUUGUGUUCGUUAGAUUUAGAAAAAUAUUACGAGGAUUGUAAAGAAUACUACAGGCUACAAAAAUAUUUACAGUCAGUAAUAUUCAGUCACCCAAUAGCAAUCAAGUGUUUAACUGCUGGCCGCGUCAUCAUGGUGAAACGUCCAAUGGGCCAGGCUGUUCUAGGGGUCAUCUUAGAAUCCAAAAUGGCUACCAACAAUGAGAGGGAGUAUAAAACUUUAAUUAUAUCUGACAAGGAUUCACCAAAUGAAACAAAGAAAAGCACAGAUGAUUUUGAACCUGUCCUACCUAGCUCUUUGUUUUUACCUGAGGGCCCAUGCUGGCAUAAAGUCGUUGACCUUCGUAGCUCUGACAUAGUUAAAAUAACAACUUCCGUUAUUAAAAUCGAUGCUACUGGCAUUGUGAUGGACUGCAAGAAGCGAGAGUGUCUUAGAUUCAAGGAUGACCCACCUGAUCGUUGUGUAACAACAGCGGCCCAAGAACUGGCUCGGCUCAGCGAAACAAACCCGUCAGGUUUACCAGGACUUCAUCCAAUCAACGACCUCAAGCUACGAGACAUUGAAUUGGUUGAACAGUGUCGCUCGCUACAAUUUCUAGAGGAGGGUUUUAUUAACUUUAACUGUACAAAAUGUCCACAGUUCUUGGAACAUUUUUCAGAACAUGCAAAAAACAUGGUGAUCAAGGAUCAAUACAAAAAAAUUCAAUUUUUGCUGUCUGAUGAAAGUCUGGAACUGUUGCCAGAGUUCAACCAGAGGAUUCAGGUCCUGAGAUACCUAAACAACAUCAACUCCAACAACAUAGUCCAGCUGAAGGGCCGCGUGGCAUGUGAAAUCAGCAACCAUGAGCUGAUGAUCACGGAGCUGGUGUUUGAGAAUAUUUUCACGGAACUUCAUCCAUUUGACAUCGCAGCUCUACUGUCCUGUUUUGUGUUUGAGAUGAAGAAGUGCAGUGAACCUAAUCUGACGGAUGCACAAAAAAAGGGCAUGGAAGAGAUAUUAAAGAAGGCAGAAAUGAUUGGACAAAUUCAAAAAGAGGCUGGCAUGACAAUGCCAGUGGAAGAUUUUGUUGAACAAUAUCAUUUUGGACUUGUAGAGGUGGUCUUUGAAUGGGCUAGGGGAAUGCCAUUUUCUAACAUAACCACAUUGACGGAUGUCCAAGAAGGGAUUAUAGUGAGGACCAUUCAGAGACUGCAUGAACUGCUUUGUGAUGUACGGAAUGCAGCUAAGUUGAUAGGGGACAGAACUCUGGUUCAGAAGAUGGAGGAGGCAAUCAGCAGCAUUAAGCGUGACAUAGUCUUUGCUGCCAGUCUGUAUACUCAAUGAUUACUUUUUUUAACGGACAUAACUGUUUUGUAAAUAAAUUUAAAUUCUAUUCAUGUAUGUAAAAACUUGAUGUGAUCAUAUUUUAGUUGGACAGUGUCCAAAUUUUAUUUUAGACAUAUUUCAACAAUUAAAA